AUGAAGAUACCACAAGAACUGACAAUCGCCAUCGUUUUGGCACCCAACCUACGCGUAUCAACGGACAUGAACGGAAACAGGAUACUAUCAAAGUUGGAAGGAAGGUUCAUUCAGUUGCUGAUGGAUACCUUAAAAAUGCCAUUUAAGUUGAUAGUUGCCUCUGAUAAUGAGUGGGGACGAGAACUUAGCAACGGAACUUGGACCGGUAUGCUUGGACUGGUCCACAGAGGAGAAGCAGACAUGGCAAUCAAUGCUAUAUCUAGCACUGAAGACAGAUUACAAGUUGUAGACUUCUCAAUCCCAUACACUGAGGAAGAUGUCAAGUUCUUUGCGCCAUCCCCGAAACGGGUGCCUACAAUGUAUGCAUACCUCUAUCCGUUCAGUUUCAAUGUGUGGUUAUUAUCUCUUUGCGUGCUGUUCUUACUGCCUCUAAUAUACGCGCUUACUUCAAAAGACAAGAGAGUAUUUUUCAAGUUCUUCUUAGACUUCUUUGGAUCCCUGUUACGAGCUCCCAUUGCUGACAAAGACAAAUCUUUAAAGCGCCGAUUCUUUUUGUUAUUGAGUUUAAUAUUCUCAUUUAUCCUAUCAUCGUGUUACUGUGCCGUUUUGUUGUCAUUUUUAAGCAUUCCUCUGUACGAAUCCGUACCUCGUAAUUUCAACGAUCUCUCUAAAUCUGUAAUAAAAGGACAAUAUGAAUGUCAAGUGUUUGCUGGAACGUUCCUUUUGCAACUUAUGUUGAAUUCAACAGACCGCAAUCUAAGGAAAAUGGGAAGGAUAAUUCGGAAAAAUUCUUGGACUUUUCAAGCAGACGAUGCGGAAGACGGAACGUUUAAUAAAAAAAGAAUUACAAUUAUCACUGCGGCUGGUGUACCUUAUAUGUACGAUGAUUAUAACAGUUUGGUUGUGUCAGAAGAUUCUUUAAUCACCACAAGUAUAUGUGUAGCUUUAAGGAAAAAUUUCUGCCAUAAAGACAAAGUGAAUGAGGCUAUUACGCGAAUAAGAAACGCUGGUUUGUAUGAUAAAAUAAUUACUGAGGAAGUCAGAUUCAUUACAUUCGGUAAUAAAAAUAACGAUGCAAUAUUGGAAGCUGUACAUCCAAUAAGAUUACGAGAUAUUUAUGGACCCAUUAUAAUACUUGUUUUUGGAUAUAUUGUAUCUAUUUUAGCUUUAAUUGGUGAGAUUAUUCUAGCAAAUUUAACAUCAAGAUGA